AUACUUACUACUCGUGUUUCUUAACCCCAUAUCAAUUAUAUUCAUAUCCACACUUCUUACCCUCCCGCUACUUGACAUAGCGUGGCCUUGCUCCCCUAUCACCUUCGUGACCCCAUCCGACCUUCGCUUCGCAGUUGGAUACACACAACACGACAACAGCAAUGCCCGGUCCGCCAGGCAAAGAGGCCUCGGAGCCGCCUUCGGUCAAUCUUUCUUUUGCGAACAACUUCUGGGGUAAAGAUGACGCUGGCGUCGGCCCCAUGCUGGAGCGAAUGCACAAUGCCAAAGUAACCUCAGACGAGCUCAAGUCCUUCUAUGCGGCGCGUGCCGCAAUCGAAGACGAAUAUGCUCGGAAGCUCCUCAACCUCUCCCGCAAACCCCUCGGGUCCUCCGAAUCUGGGACGCUCAAACUGUCCUUGAACGUAAUCCGUGAACAAGUCGAGUCCAUGGGGAAAGCACAUCAGAGCAUAGCACAGCAGAUGAAAACAGAGCUCGAAGAGCCGCUCGCCGCCUUUGCGGGUGGCCUGAAGGAGCGGCGCAAGAUCGUUCAGAAUGGAAUCGAGAAGCUCCUCAGGACCAAGAUGCAGCAAACGGCCGCCGUAAACAAGACGCGCGACCGGUACGAGCAGGACUGCCUCAAGAUCAAAGGAUUCCUUGCCCAGGCCCAUAUGGUCAUGGGUCAGGAAGAGCGGAAGAACAAGGCCAAGCUGGAGAAGACGCAGAUACAGCUCUCGACCUCUAGUAGCGAGUACGAGGCUGCCGUCAAGGUGCUGGAAGAGACAACUGGCAGGUGGAACAGAGACUGGAAGGCCGCCUGUGACAAGUUCCAGGACCUGGAGGAAGAGCGGAUUGACUUCACCAAGAGCAGUCUCUGGACCUUUGCAAACAUCGCGAGCACAGUCUGCGUAAGCGAUGACGCUGCUUGCGAGCAGAUCAGAUUGUCCCUGGAAGACUGCGAUGUGGAAAAAGAUAUCACGACCUUCAUCAAGGAGUCGGGAACCGGCCAGGAAAUCCCAGACCCUCCAAAGUUUAUCAACUUCUGCCGAGGAGACGCUGAUACAGCAUCGGAGGCCUCAGACGAAGGUAAUUAUUCCGUGGCCCAAUUCCAGAGGACUAUGAAUCCCGCAUACAGAGGGGCGUCACCUCAGCCUUCAGUAUUCGAAUCGCAUCAUGAUCCAAACAAUCCCUUAGCCAAGGAACUUGGCCAUGAAGAAACGAACGCUAUACCAUUGCAGGAACCAGCCAUGCCUCCGCCACGCCAGCAAGCACAGCCAAUUCCAGCAGCUCAACCCAUGCCUCAACCGGCACCACAACAAUCCAGAGGGGUGCAACCCGACCCACGUCUGAUACAGGCUCAGCAGCAGGCCCGUCAGAACUAUCAACAGAGCCAGGUGCCCCAUAACGACUAUCCAAUGGAUGGUAUGACACAGUUCUGCAGGAUAGGCGCGCCAUCAGACCGCAGUACAAACCCAAGCCCAAUGCGGCCGUCCAGCAGAGACUCGCAGAGUGACUACUCAAAUCCGACCUCCUUCUCCAGCGUUGAGCCCCCAAGCGGAUCUGCGUCCCCAGGAAAGCCAAUGGCACCAGCAAGUCCCCAGCCUGUGGAAGAAAGGCCCGAGCCUAAGAGGAAGGGUUUCUUCCAGAAUCACAGCCCAUUCAGAAGGCGCAGCAAGCACGAGAUCAUACCGCCAACAUCGGUUUCUCCAAACAGAAAUACCUGGGGCGCCGCCAGCAACCGAAGGGACGAAAGUAGAAGCCCUACGAAACGCUUUGGGGGAGGCAUUCUGGAUACUGACGGGCGGUCAGCAAGUCCAGAGCCAGUCGAUCCGCGCGCUAACUUCCAGCUCAAUAUCGGCAACAAUGUUUUCGAUGUUGCCUCACCGGAUGCUCAUAGUCAGAACAAGGCGCCGAAACAGGAGCAGGAAGAGCUUGAUCCCAUCGCUCAAGCACUGGCCGAACUCAAAGGUGUCACGAAGCAAUCCUCGUUGCGGGUUUCCGCGGAUCGUUAUGCCGGCCUCGCUACUCCUAUACCCCCAGGUACUCCUGCUGUAGGGGCAGCGCCGACGGGAAGUGUUCCCACUCCUCUUACAAACGUCGCUAUCAACCCGGCGCAGCGAGAGCCGCCUCCUUCUUAUGACCAGCCGAUGUCCCGUCUCGGUGCGCCCAAACCCGCACAUACCUCUCGUGCCAUGCAACAAACUACGCAGCGGUACAUUGACCAGAAGGUCAACAUGUUCAACACCGGCUCUACCACGCGCCCUCCUACUCGCGGCGGCCAGGAAGCGCCCCGUGCUGCCUCUCCCGCUCCCCCUCGUGCUGUCAGUCCUAGACCGGGGCCCUAUCAAGCCCAGACUCAAACCGCAGCUGAAUACCGUGCCGUAUCACCAAGCCCUCGAGCCCCAUCGCCGAACCCCUACGCUGCUCCCAGUGGUGCCGGGCGACCGGCCUAUGCGCCCUCCGUGGCAGGAGGCAGGCAAGCUCAACAGUCUCCCAGCACAUACACACCUACCACCGCCCGCCCACCUGUGCAGUCGCCGGGCUCAUACAGCUCAGCAGGCCCGGGUACCCGGCCUCGCGCUUCAACCGCAACAACGUCCGUCAAAUCGCCCUACGGUAAUCCAACGAGCAGAGGCUCCUACUCCUCCUCCCGUGGCGGCUCACCUUCCCAUACCGCCGUCCCGCGCGCUGUUUCGCCCCAACCUCAACCCCAACCCGCAUACGCGUCCACAACACGCCCUAUCUCCAGAGCAGCAGGCCCCCAUUCCCGCGCCGCAAGUCCCAAUCCCGCUUUCCGCCAGAGCUACGACAGGCCAAGCAGUUCCCGCGGAAGCGACAUGGCGCUGCAGUUGGCGCCUGGGCCUGGAAGCGAGAGGGGCGAGGGAAGUGUGUAUGGAGGAAGUCAAAGAGGGAGGGGAAAUAGUACGCAAAGCCAACACCAGAGACCUAUGAGUUCGUAUUAUGGUGGUGGGGAUCCGGGUUAUGGAGGUGGAGCGGGAGGGAUGGGGGGACAGCUUAGCACGCGGGUCAGGAGUAGGAGUGUGGCGGAGCCGAGACAGUAUACCAAGGAUGGGAGGAUGAUUUUGCAUUAUUCACGAGCAAUGUACACGUACGCGGCGCAGAUUCCCGAAGAACUCUCCUUCACGAAGGGGGAUAUCCUGGCUGUUUUGCGUCUGCAGGACGAUGGGUGGUGGGAGGCUGAAGUGGUGGGGAAGAAUGGUCGACCUGGGCUGGUACCAAGUAAUUAUCUGCAGAACUGCUAGGGUGGUUCUGUGGGUGAUGAUUUUCGGCGACAAAGAGGUUGCGGUGUUGAAGGGUUGAUGCUGAGGUGGAAGGGGGAUGAUCAGAGCGCAGGGAAGGAGACGAAAGGAAGGCGAAAG